AUGCACAUACUGUCAUUAUACUAUCGAUAUUGUUUUAGUUUCGGCGAUUUUUCGAUCUUGACGUUAUGUACUCAUUGUUUAGUGAUAGCUGAAUUAUUACAACUCGCACAGGAAAAACAGAUUGUGAAUAUAAUAUAUAUAUUAAAGUCAAUUCAACCAGAACAUAAUUUAUUACUAAAAACACUUAUAACUGAACAUCAUGAGUUGUAUUUAAAAUUGUUUCGUACCAACUUAAAACCAAAGUAUCACCACUUAUUACAUUAUCCAUUAAUAAUGAGUAAAGUUGGGCCUGUAUCUCACUUAUGGUCGAUGAGAUACGAGUCUAAACAUAGAGAGUCAAAGCUAACGGCCCAUUCUAUUACCAGUCGGAAAAAUAUAUGCUAUACACUGAGUAUUAAACACCAACUAAGACUUGCACAUCGAUUAUUAUCUAAAUCGAAUACACUAUCUUUAUCUUUAGAAUCAUCAAACGUAGGAAAAGUAAUAGAUAUGUCUAUAAAUGAGAUAGAAAAAAUACAAAAUAAUUUAUUAAAUCAGACUACAAAUUUAAAUUCUGUUAGUUUUGUUUCGUGGGUUCAGGUGAAAGGCACUCGUUACACAACCAAGCAGAGAAUGAUUAUUAUAAUUGAUGUUGAAGAUAUGCCUAUAUUUGUCAUUAUAAAAUAUAUUUUCUUUAAACUCCAAUGUGACAUACCAUUUUUAAUUGGUCAACGUAUAAGUACAAUAGGGUUUAAUGAACAUUUACAAGCAUAUAAAAUAAAAAAUUGUGAUGAUCUAUUAUGUAUUUCAUUUGAUGAUCUACUUGUAGAACAAAGUCCUUGUGUUUGUAGCACAAUGUCUGAUGGUUGUACAUAUGUAUCUUGUAAUUUUUAA